AUGAGACCUUUAGAUGAGACUACAGCAGUGUUCGAAAAGCUUUUCAAGUUCACAGGCAACAACCUCAAAAACAUCGUCGAGAACCCUUCGCAUGAAGGUCCAGACCCAGAAUCAGGCCGUUACUGCUUCCGCCUCCACAAAAACAAGGUCUACUAUGUUAGCGAAUCACUAGUAAAGCGUGCUACGAAUAUAUCUCGGACUCAGUUAGUGUCUCUUGGGACUUGUAUUGGUAGGUUCACUCACGGUGGCAGUUUCCACUUAACUGUUCAGUGUCUGAGUUUAUUAGCCUCAAAUGCUAAACACAAGGUCUGGCUCAAACCUACCUCCGAGAUGUCCUUCUUAUACGGAAACCAUGUUUUGAAAGGUGGUUUGGGGAGGAUUACAGAAAAUAUUGUGCCCGGUGAUGGGGUGGUUGUGUUUUCAAUGUCAGAUGUCCCGUUGGGUUUUGGGAUUGCGGCCAAGUCUACCCAGGAUUGUAGGAAGUUGGACCCCAAUGGAAUUGUGGUACUUCACCAGACAGAUAUUGGAGAGUACUUGAGGAUGGAGGAUGAGCUUUGAAUAACCAGACGAGAUUGGACGAGAUUCAGGUGGUUUUGACAGAUGUGGUGUCUUAUUGGGUAUGUGGCUUAUGAAGUCCA